AUGGUGUCAGAAGAGAACGCGUUGGCCAAUAUCCGCAAGUAUGCCGUUCGCCAUUUCCAGGGCCAUCCCGAGUCUGUCUGGCACAAGCUCCCGAUCUCACGAAGGCUGUCAGUGUUCGUCUUGCUUUUUUUGGGCCACUUGGGUGAACUCAGGGUGAUUCUCACCAAGCGCUCCAGAAAGCUCCGCAGUUUCCCCGGUCACAUUUCACUUCCUGGCGGAAAGGCAGACGAUGGUUUAGAGCUUGAAUGGCACGUAGCACGUAGAGAAAUGGAAGAAGAAAUAGGACUCUCUGCCAACAACGACUUGUUGCUCAAAAACUACGGUUUCACCAUUGACCAUCUCAACAUUUUGCCCAGCUAUUUGCUGCGGACGUUUUCUGCCGUGCGGCCGUGCAUCGGUUUCAUGAAUUUUAGAUCCAAUGUAGAUUCCGAGCUAUUCUCACAAUUGAAGCUCAACCUAAAUCCCGGUGAAUCUUCAAGUAUCUUUUCCUGUCCCCUCAAGGACUUUUUGUAUCCUAUUCUGGAAGAAGAGUCGCUCGAGCUGCUUGAAAGAUCGCUGUAUAGAAUCAAAUGGGGCGGAAUUCCCUGGAAUUUGCGGUCCUACACCUUCCUUCAAAGCAACGAAAACGAAGCUCCCUGGCUUAAAGACAUCGUCGACUUGUCAGCAACAGAAGAGGAGGAUGAAAUAUCGGACAUAGAUGAGGAAGAAAAGCGUAGCGUAACUCCCCCACCAACUGAAGCUCACAAGUUUAAACACAAGAGGCAGAAAAACUUGUCUGCAUGGGGUCGUUUGGGCUCACGUAGGCAUGUAGAGACCAAUGAGAAGAUAUAUGAUGUAUGGGGACUCACAGCCAACAUUCUUCACGAUUUGGCAGAUGUGGCGUACAGAGGACCUCCGGAGAGGGAGAUAGGCGAGGAGGAGUUGAUAUACGCCAUUUGGAAGUACGGAAACCAGAUGAAAACCAAGAAGAGGUCUGAAGCUGAAGUCAAGCUUAUUGAGUCUAAGACUGCUGGUGAUUAUGGAUUCGGAGAGAUAUUGCCCAGGGUUGAGUUCAAUAAGUUGAAACAGAUAUACAAGUUGUGA